AUGUCUACUUUCCAAGAUUUAAAUAAAACAGUUGAAUUCUUGUCCGCUAAAUAUGAUGACCUGUUAUUACAAUUUUGGUCAAUAAACGAUAAAACACAACGCUGCAAUCAAGACAUAGCAAACAUCAAAAAAUACCUCAGUGAUGUCAACACAUGUGCUGUGAAUGCUGGCAUCCAAGCCGAAGAACUUGCACAAUACUUGAGAAGAGACUGCCUUGAAAUAUCUGGCCCAAAAGCAACAAACACAUGCUCUGCUGAAGCUAUUGUGAAAUCUGUUGUGAAAGCCAUUGGCGUCGCUGUCUUACAAAAUGAUAUCUCAAUUGCACAUCCCAUACCAUCUUAUAAUCGAGAUGCUCCGCCUAAGAUCAUAGUGAAAUUUACGCAAAGGGAAGUCAGGAAUAAAUUCUACUCAAAUCGUAGGAAAUUAGCCAAAAAGAAAGUCAAAGACCUUCCAGAUUUACAACUUCAGUCCACCGACAAUAUUUAUGUCUCUGAAUCGCUUACACCAUACAAGAAAAGGCUCUUUGCUAGUGUUAACAAGCCCAGAAAACGUAUGAAAUGGAAGUAUAUAUGGACAAACAAUGCUAGAAUCUACAUCAAGGAGGGGGCGAAAAUGCAGAAGAUGCCAUAA